AUGGCCCUAAAGGUAUUGACAAAGAACACAACAAAGUCAAUGAAGUGUAACCUUGAAUGGAAUAGUGAAUAUGGUUUUGAGGUUAAAGACAGGUGGGAUAACACAUUUGUUGUGAAUCUAGGCAAUCAAACAUGUACUUGUAGAUCUUGGAUGCUAAGAGGUAUACCUUGUUGUCAUGUUAUAGCUGCACUUCAUUUUAGAAAAUUGGAGCCCAUUACCUAUGUUGCACAUUGGUAUCGCAAGGAGACUUAUCUCAAGGUCUAUAGUCACUACAUUCAACCAGUUACUAAUAUGAAAAUGUGGCCACAGUCGUCCAACCCUUCUGUUAUACCACCUGUUAUAAAAACACUACUAGGAAGGCCUAGAAAGUGUAAGAGAAAGGAGAAGAAUGAAAACAAAACAGGAAAAUUGUCCAAGAGAGGUGUUGAGAUGACUUGCAGUCUUUGUCAUGCAAAGGGUCAUAAUAAGAGGGGUUGUCAUUUGAAUAAUCAAGCUAAUACAGGCAGAUGA